UUCAGUUGUGGUUGGUACUCGUUAAUUUAUAUUUGUGCGGUUUGGUUAGGUGUUGUUUGGCUUUGAAGAUUAAAAUUUAUGUUGGAGAAAAGUUUUAAAUCUGUCAUUAUUAGACUCUGUUAAAAUAUGCUGCUGCAUCUUCAUCUAACAAGAGUUCUUUUUUCUGCUAACACGAAAAAUCACUGGCCGAUUUUUUGCAAUGGAGGGAUUUAAAGACGUAGUUGCCACCUCAGCAUCAAUUUGUACAAUACUGCAGUUUUUUACCGGAAUUCUGGUCUGUCAGAAAUACGUACGGAAUGGUACUACAGGAGAUUCUUCACCUUUCCCAUUUGUUUCAGGAUUUCUUUCGUCUUGUAUUUGGUUACGUUAUGGAUUCCUUCUUCAAGAUCCAUCACUUAUCGUAGUCAAUACAAUAGGAGCAUCACUACAACUCGCCUAUGUAGUUACAUUUUAUUUCUACACCAUAACAAAGUCUGUUGUUGUCAAGCAGAUGCUAGCAGUUACAGCAGGUGUGGUGGUAUUGCUGUGUUACACGCAGUAUGACACUGAUAUGGACCGAACCAAAACACAUGUUGGUUUCAUUGCCAGUUUAGUGACAAUUCUUUUUUUUGCUGCACCACUAACAAUGCUGGCCAACGUUCUGGACAAGAAGAGUGUGGACAGUCUUCCACUACCAUUAAUUAUGGCUACAUUUGUAUGUUGUUUACAGUGGCUUAUUUAUGGAUAUAUACUGGGGGAUCCAUUUAUACAGGGUAAUCUACCAUGAACUUGUUCAGACUACAAAAGAUUACAUGCAAGAAGGAAAGACCAUCAAUCCGAAGUGGCUAGUGGAAUUUGCUCCAACUUUCUUCAAAUUCUCAGACCCAACAAAGCUGGGUAAAUUUAAGAAGAAUCGGUGUCUUGAGCCACUUUACAACAAAUAUGAAGAGCCAAAUGCAUUGAGAUAUGAAUAUAAAGUGAGCACUUUAUCAUCGUAUUUUGUUUGGAAAGAACAAAAACGAUUUUAAAUGUUCAGUAACACAUGUAUUAUUACUUAACGUUUAUUUUCAUAACAGACCUAUACAGGAUCAGUCUUCUGCAAUGAUAUGUCAUGUAGUCUGGUGGAUGUGUACGAGUACCAGCAAUUUAGAGGAAGAUAAUGGCAGGUUUCUCAAAAAUUUUGGUACAUAUAACAGCAUCACAAUCAAGAGAGCAUUCUUGAUAUUUAUUGCUGUCAGAACCUCUCAUUUCACAUCAGUUUCAAGUGAUGUGUCUUGCUGAGCUUCUUUUGUCUUUCUUUGAAUCAUUUUAAAAAAUUUUCAGAUGUACUCUCUUUUCACUAUUUAAUCUGUUUUUCUUCUGGAGACUGCACGCAGCUAUUGGCUGGAUGCCCAGGGAAUGAAGUUUUGAUUCCUGGCAGGGGUAUAAGAUUUUUCUCUUCUCCACGGCAACCAGACUGGCUCUAAGGACCACUCAGCCUCAUGUUUCCUACCCAGUGAGCAUCAGGGCCCUUUCCCUGGGAAUAAACUGGUUUGGGCAUCAAGUUAGUCUCCAUCUUGUGUCAAGAUUAGAAUGUACAGAGCUGUAUACCUCCACUUCCCCAUACAUGACUCAUUGCUUGAGCUAUGGCACAGCCAAUAUUUUAUUCUUAUCUCAAAUUAAACAUGAUUCAUGAUAGGUCAAUAAUGUGAUCGGCUAAAAUGGUUCUCAUUUCAGCCAGUCUCCCAUCAAGUUCUCAUCAGAGAUUGUACGUGUAGGGAAACCAAUGGAAUGUCAAGUUAACCAUUCACCACCACCUAGUGCUGAGGUGAGUGCAUGGAGGUCUGUCUCCAUGUACCAGUUAUUCCAUUUUAACAGUGUACUUAAGCACAAAGCAUUACUUCUUCCAGACACAAUGUUUUAUUUUUGCCCAUGCAAACCUCACUAAUGGUGCAGAAAUUUGCCCAAAUUCUUCUCAGUCAGUUUCAGCUGGGAUUCCAAUUUUUUGUGUCUUUUAAAUGACAAGUACAGUAAAAUGCCAUAUCCUGCUGUGUAGGAUCCCUCAUAAGAACUUAAACAAGAGCAUUAUAAAUGAAUGGAAGUGUGUGGAAUAUACCAUAUAUGACAUAGAAAGUGUUAAUACACAUGUAACCUUAUCAGUCAUCUUAUACUGAGGUCUGCAAACAUAAUAGUCUAAGAUGCAGAAAUAUUGGUAAUGGCGCUUUGUACAAAACAUUUGAAAUGUAGUGUUAAUUGACAAUAGUACUGUUGCAUAUUUGCUAGGCAACGCGACAAGAUUUCUUGUGGGUUCCCAGAUUUGAAUGAAUAUUUUAUUGGGCAGUCACUUUUACACUUGUAAGUACAAUUAUCUCACUUAUAAUGCCUGUUAGACGUUUCUUCUUCACUAUUACAACUUCUUGCACUGCUGAUCUUGGUGAAGUCUUCUCUGUAUCUCUGUAAUCUUUUUGUAUCACUGUAUUUCAGCUUGUAAUCUCUUCAUAUCACUCUGUAUCACAGCUCAUUUUAACCUCUUCAUAUCACUCUGUAUCACAGCUCGUUUUAACCUCUUCAUAUCACUUUGUAUCUCUGCUCAUUGUAAUCUGGUCUCAAUUCCUACCUGGUCUUCCCUUAUACCCUACCGAUGGACAGGCUCGAAGACACCUUGUGCAAG